AUGGCCUCAACGAACCCAGAACCACCCCCAGACUGGAUGCUGCCUGGUUUCGAUCCCAACUCAGUCAAAGUCGCUGAGCUAAGGUCGAUCCUAUUAGAAAAUAACAUCCCUCACUCUUACACCAAAAAAGCCGAUCUGGUCUCAUUGUUCGACCGACAGGUCAAACCUAUGACACCCAAACUUCUCAAAGCUCAUCUAAACGUCAAACCAUCAGCUGCAGGCAUCUUUGACAUGGCCACCGGUCGAUACCUAACCGAUGAUGACCCACCCGUGUCUAAGACACCUAGAAAGAAAGCUUCAUCCACCAUCUCGAUCGACCAGGAAUCGCUUGCCUCCAACACAUCCAAACAGAGGACCAGGCGAUCCACCAAUCGCAACGCAACCGAUCGCGAGCAAUCUGCGACCGAAGCUGACGGAGAAGCCACCCCACAAGUCAAGUCGGUCCGUGGUCGGACUGCUACCACACAGAGGAACCGUCAACGAGAAUCUACCCUUCCCGACUCCUCGCCAGAGAAACCCCCGCGGAGAACCGGUAAACGUAAGGCCAGCGAACAGCCCCUUCCAGCGGAAGCUGAAAUCGCAUCAGAAGUCGAGCGAAUGGCUCAUCGUAUCAACGAGGAGGAAGAACACUCCAACUCGAGUCAAAUCUCCUCGAUGAACAUCACUAACUCGUCUGUAUCCCCUGCUCCAAUCAAGAAACGCCGAUCAGAGCUCCCGGCUCAAUCCUCAGCGAACAACCCAACCGAUAGCAAUAACGAUGAUGAGCUUGCCAUCUCCAAAAAAAACAUAUCUAAACCCAAGAACCGUCGGACCACUCUGCAUGAAGCCCUCGAAUCUGGAGAGGGGCAGUACAUAGAUUACAAUCCCUUCCAGAGUGGAGUAGAAGACGACAAGAGUGGCAGCAGUUCCAAAAAACCUCGGCCCUCCAAACGACAGUCAUCUGUCAAGCGACCCUCUAUUGCCCCAGCCCAGCUCACCAAAUCUAGUACCACCCCCAACAUUUUCAACGCCACAUCCCCGACGAAACCCAAUCCAGGUUCCCAGCAAAUCCCCGUUCUCCCUACUCAAGUCUCCCCCACCCUCCACACAGCUCCAACUUUUCUACCCAAGUCCACCACCACUGCGAAUGUCUACUCCUUACAUCAGACCCCGGCUCGCGAAUCGAUUCGCAAGAGUGCCCAUUUUCCUUCGUUACCGAGUAACAGACGACUCACGAUGAACCAUCUUCAGGAUGACUUUGACGGUAACAGCUCCUUCGAUAACGGCAAUCCCGAGCACAUCCAGCAGCUCCUUGCACCAGAGGAAAACGAGACGGCCGAUGUAGCGAUUCUCUCACGUUCCCGCCAUCCAGCUGGACAUCAUGAGGCUCCUAGUCCAGAGCAAAUGCAGGGCAGUCGCGGAGUCAAUCGCGAGCCCCCUUAUCAAACUAUCCCCGCUUCUGUCUCAUCUCGCCGACAAUCACAGUUACCACCUCGCACACCCUAUUCUCAAACAAUCACUCACAGCGCAUCAAACCUUCAAUAUCAGACCCCUAUCCCUCGUCCACACAUCCAACGCGUCAGGCUUGAUGAACUUGUCCAUACGCCAGCUGAGAAGAGGCUCAAGAUCACGAAGCCCUUCCGUAGGACCAUUCCGAAACGUAACGGACUGUUUGCCGGGCCAACUCAAGCGAUUAGCUUUUUGUUGCGAUUAGGCUGUCUUGGGUUGAUGUUUGGCGCGGUGAAGUGGUAUCUUGGGCAGGUCGAGCGACUGGGAUACUGUGACACUGGGAUGAAGAGCAAUGCGAUGACCCGAGACCAGCGUAUCGAGAACUUUCUCGAGCUUGGCGAGACAGUCUCGAGCGACGAGUUGGAGACUUUUUCGGGUGCAUUCCGCGUCAAGUUAGGUCAAGCAUUCGAGGCGGCCAGCGCCUUCGGCCUGUUACCAGAUUGCCAAAGCUGUCCUCCACAUGCGAUCUGUGAACGCGGGCGGAUCGUCAGGUGCGAGCCCGACUUCGUUCAGACUCACUCCGACUGGGAGAAGGCCGUGCACAGUUGGAUGCCGAUGUUCAAGGGUCCGAAGUGUCUUCCCGAUACGGCUAAGCUGGUCAAGAUCGUCGAGACUGCUAACCAGCUCAACCAGAUUCUCAGGAAACAGCGCGGGAAAGUGCUCUGUGGAAUGGGCAUGCGGGCCUCUGACGAAGAGGAGGAGAUGUCGGUGAAGAUCAAGGUCUACGGUCUGGAGGAGAAGGAAGUGAAAGAGCUGAUCCUACCGAGCUCAGGAGACAAGUCGGCAUCGUCCCCCGGUCUGACGUCCUCCUCAGACGAGGAGAUCCUCGAACUGGCGAUCAAAGAUCUCGAAAAGUCGGCUCAGAUCGUCCGAGAGGACGGCUGGCUAGCCACGCGUGACUUCAAACAACUCGACAUGGGCCUUAAGUGUCGGCUCAAGUUGGGCCUGCUCAAGACCCUCAAAAAGUUCAAGUUGAUCCUCCUCUCCAUCCUUCUCGCUCUUGCUGGCUGGGUCUAUCUCAAACUCGAAUUUUCUAGAAUUGGCCAGGAGAAGCAGAAAGUGCGCGAGUUGGUCGAGUUGGCUCUGACGAAGUUGAGAGACGAGUCGUGGAUCCAUCACACCAAUCCAGCCCUAUCACCUCAGCCACCAACGCUCGCGUCGGCCCAGCUCCGGGACUUGAUCCUCUCGUACGACCAUUCGCCCGUCAAUCGCCAAAAGCUCUGGAAAAAGGUCGAGAAGAUCGUCGAAGGUAAUUCGAACGUGCGGACGAAGGUGAGUGAGAUCCGGGGCGAAAGUAUCAAAGUUUGGGAAUGGAUCGGUAGUUAUAAAGGUAACUUGAACCUUAACACUCAUUUGCCUGGGUCGACUGGCAAUCCGAGUGGUGGGGGCAAUUCUUCCCACCAAUUCAAUGGGUCCCCUGAUGCCUCAACUACUCCUUCUUGA